AAGGCCGAGUCCGACCUCCCGGUCUAAAGUCUAAACCACCGAGAAACCUUGCGACUGCGUUUUGUUCCUCCCAAAGGCCAAAGCCUCUUUCUUGCAAUUUGCAAAAUAAACAAACUAAUCUCAUCCUCUUUUAGUCAAUAUCAUCAAAUUGUAACAACCCUUUCAUUCAUUCAUAACGCUCGAUUUUUCUCUUUUUCUGUGAGAAUCAAUUCUCGAUUUCAUCAACUGUUUUGAGAAGAACCAAGAAGCUCAUAUUAAUGGAAAAAUCAAGAGAAAAAACAUUAACCCUUGUUGCAACAAAGCCCUGUUUUGGACUGCCUACUGCUUGUCCCAAUUGCUUGCCUGUUUAUUUCUAUCUCAAAUUUGCUAAACUUCAGUUUGAUUUGUGCUUCCAUUCCACCUUUCCUGAUUCAGAUCAAAUACCAUAUGUUGAGUCUGGUUCUUAUGUGGCCUACAACAAUGAGAAAGGUGGGGUCAUUAAUUGCUUGAGAGAAGAUGGCAUUGUUGAUUUGGAUUCUGAUUUUCGCUCUAUCCCGGAAUGGAUUUCAAUGAAGGCGAUGAUUAGCAGUUGGCUUGUGGAUGCUCUUGUAUAUGAACUAUGGAUAGCUUCUGACAAAACUUCUGUGCAGAAGAUCUACUUCUCGGAUCUCCCAUGGCCCAUUGGCACUAUUCUCUAUUUCAAGCAAAUUCUUGCCGUGAAACGUCAUCUUGGGAUCACCAAUGAAAAUGCUGAGAGAAUUGAAUCUGAGAUUUAUAGUAGAGCAAACUUAGCAUAUGGAGCUCUUUCAACUCAGUUGGGGGAAACCUCUUUUCUCUUUGGCGACAGGCCCAGUAGUUUGGAUGCCUCUUUCCUUGGGCAUGCUCUGAUUGCUCUUCAGGCUUUACCUGAGGCAUCAGUUUUGAAGAGCAAGCUUUUGAAUUUCAGCAACCUUGUGAAGUAUACUGAGAAGCUCAGUAACGAACUUAUAAAUGGUUCAGCACAAUCAGCAGUACCAAAUUGGUCGAGAAGCCCAUCUUCUUCUGGACAGCCUUCUUCUUCAAUAGAUAAUCCAGGAGAAUUUUCGAAUUGGAGUUCAAAACCGAAAAGUAAACCUAAGAAGGAAAGGACAGAGGAAGAAAAGAAGUUCAGACGGAGAGCCAAAUACUUCUUAGCCGCGCAGUUAAUCUCAGUUCUUGUUUUCUUAUCACUUUUCAGUGCAUCUGAUUCGGGUGAAUUGGAAUUCGAUGAAAAUGACGAAGUUGAUUACAUGAAUUAAGUCCAUACAAUCAUCAUUCAGAUCUGAUACGGGUGAAUUGGAAUUCGAUGAAAACGACGAAGUUGAUUACGUGAAUUAAGUGCAUACAAUCAUCAUUCAGACGUUCACCAUCUUUUUUGUGUUAGAUAUUGACAUAAUAACCGCAGUCUCUUUUGUCCUUUUUUCUGGAUGGGAAAUGCAGGAGUUUCUACUCACAUUUGAGGAGAUUUCCCCUCAUUUUUUUGUUUAUUUGUUGAAAUUGGCGAUUUUGCAUUUCGGCUCAAAAUUCAUGUCAGAGAACAAAUUUACAUUAUUUUGAGUUUGUGCUGGCCCUUGUUCA